GGAGGGAUGGCGGCGGCCGCCGCCGUGUGAGGCCGCCCCGGAGCGGCUGGGCCGCGGCCCCCGGGCCUCCCUCCCGGCCUGCCCGCCUCCCGCCUGCCGUGACACCGGCUCCAAGGCCCGUCCCGGGCCGCCCGUCCCCUCCCCGCGGCAUGAAGGCGGCGCCGAGCGGCGCGGAGGAAACGGAGAAGCUGAAUAAGAUGAGCACCCUCCUGGAAAGGCUUCAUGCAAAGUACAACCAGAACAGACCUUGGACAGAAACCAUGAAGUUAGUCCGGCAAGUCAUGGAGAAGCGAGUGGUGAUGAACUCAGGGGGGCACCAGCACCUGGUGAGCUGCUUGGAGACUCUGCAGAAGGCGUUGAAAGUAUCUUCCCUGCCUGCCAUGACAGAUCGCUUGGAGUCCAUAGCCAGGCAGAACAGCCUUGGAUCUCACCUUAGUGCAAAUGGCACUGAAUGUUACAUCACUUCAGACAUGUUCUAUGUGGAAGUCCAGUUAGAUCCUACAGGGCUGCUGUGUGAUGUCAAGGUGGCUCACCAUGGAGAAAACCCUGUGAGCUGUCCCGAGUUGGUGCAACAUCUGAGAGAGAAAAAUUUUGAUGAGUUUUCAAAGCAUCUCAGGGGACUUGUGAACCUGUAUAAGUUGCCAGGAGACAACAAACUUAAAACUAAAAUGUACUUAGCUCUGCAGUCCUUGGAGCUGGAUCUCUCAAAAAUGGCAGGGAUGUACUGGCAAGCCACCAACGCAAACCCCCUGGACAAAAUCCUUCAUGGCAGUGUUGGCUAUCUCACCCCCAGGAGUGGAGGUCUUCUGAUGAACCUCAAGUAUUACGUCUCACCCUAUGAUUUGUUUGAAGAUGGCACUGGAGCCCCUGUUAUUUUGCAUGAGAACAAUGUUCCUCGAGCUCUGGGUAUGAACGUGUCUGUGACAGUUGAGGGAACCAUGGCCAUGUACAAGCUUCCCAUUGCCCCCCUGAUCAUGGGCUCCCACCCAGUGGACAGCAAAGGGACUCCCUCUUUCUCAUCAAUCACCAGUGCCAACAGUGUGGAUUUACCAGCGUGUUUCUUCCUGAAAUUCCCACGUCCCAUUCCAGUGUCUCGAGCUUUCAUUCAGAAGCUUCAGAGCUGCACAGGUAUUCCCUUGUUUGACACACCACCAACGUUUGUACCCCUGUAUGAGCUGAUCACACAGUUUGAACUAUCCAAGGAGGCUGAUCCUCUGCCUUUGAACCACAACAUGCGUUUCUAUGCAGCUCUUCCAGGACAGCAGCACUGUUACUUUCUGAACAAAGAUGCCCCUCUCCCAGAUGGAAGAAGCCUUCAGGGAACUCUGAUCAGUAAAAUCGCCUUCCAGCACCCCGGGAGGGUCCCUCUGAUCCUCAGCCUGAUCAGACACCAGGUCGCCUACAACACCCUCAUCGGCAGCUGCGUCAAGCGCACGGUCCUAAAAGAAGAUUCUCCGGGGAUCCUGCAGUUCGAGGUGUGUCCUCUCUCUGACUCCUGUUUCAGUGUAUCCUUUCAGCAUCCUGUGAAUGACUCCCUGGUGUGUGUGGUGAUGGAUGUACAGGACUCUACCCACGUGAACUGCAAGCUGUACAAGGGGCUGUCUGAUGCUCUUAUCUGCACAGAUGAUUUCAUUGCCAAAGUUGUUCAAAGAUGUAUGUCCAUUCCUGUCACCAUGAGAGCAAUUCGUAGAAAAGCAGAAACCAUUCAAGCAGACACCCCAGCCCUGUCCCUCAUUGCAGAGACAGUUGAAGAUAUGGUGAAGAAAAACCUUCCCCCAGCCAGCAGCCCCGGGUAUGGCAUGACCACAGGCAGCAACCCCAUGAGUGGUACCACUACCCCAACAAACACUUUUCCUGGGGGGCCCAUCACUACUUUGUUUAACAUGAGCAUAAGCAUGAAAGAGAGGCAUGACUCGGUGGGCCAUGGGGAGGACUUCAGCAAAGUGUCUCAGAACCCUAUUCUCACUAGUUUGUUGCAGAUCACAGGGAAUAUGGGGUCUACCCUUGGCUCAAGUCCAACCCCUCCCCACCACACACCACCACCAGUAUCCUCACCAGCAAGCAACACCAAGAACCACCCCAUGCUCAUGAACCUUCUUAAAGAGAAUCCUCCUCAGGAUUUCUCCACUCUCUAUGGGAGCAGCCCCCUGGAAAGGCAGAACUCUUCCUCUGGCUCCCCCAGGAUGGAAAUGGGCCCUGGGGGGAAUAAGCAAAAGAAAAAAAAAUCCCGCAUCCCGGCCGACAAGCCCAAGCAUCAGACUGAGGAUGAUUUCCAGAGGGAGCUCUUCUCAAUGGAUGUUGACUCCCAGAAUCCCAUUUUUGAUGUCAACAUGACUGCAGACACCCUGGACACCCCCCAUAUUACUCCAGCACCCAGCCAGUGCAGCACUCCUCCCACCACCUACCCCCAGCCCAUCCCUCACUCACAGCCCAGUAUCCAGAGGAUGGUUCGACUUUCCAGCUCCGACAGCAUCGGAGCCGAUGUCACCGAUAUCCUUUCGGAUAUAGCAGAGGAGGCUUCCAAGCUGCCCACCACUAAUGAGGACUGCCCACCCAUUGGUACUCCAGUCAGAGACUCCUCUAGUUCAGGACAUUCACAAAGUGCCCUCUUUGACCCAGAUGUGUUCCAGAACAACGCCAGUGAGAACCCCUACACAGACCCUGCAGACCUGAUCGCAGACGCUGCCGUCAGCCCCAACAGCGACUCCUCCAACCAUUUCUUUCCGGACGGGGUAGAUUUCAACCCUGACCUGCUGAACAGUCAGAGUCAGAGUGGCUUUGGGGAGGAGUACUUUGAUGAGAGCAGUCAGAGCGGAGACACCGAUGAGUUCAAGGGCUAUGCAUCCCAGGCCCUGACCACCUUGGGGGUGCAAGUCUUGGGGGCUGAUGGGGGGGAAAAUAAGUUUAAGGGGAGCAAUCAGUCGGACACGGUGGAUUUUAGUAUUAUUGCGGCUGCCAGCAAAGCACUGGGGUCCUCUGACAUCAUGGAGCAUCACAGUGGAGGUCAGAGCCCUUUGCUGAAUGCAGGGGAUUUAGGGAAAGAGAAGUCUCAGAAGCGGGUGAAGGAGGGGAACGGUUCUGGAAGUAACUUGGCAGGUCCUGGGAUAGAUGGGAAGCCAGGGAAGCGCAGCCGGACGCCGUCCAGUGAUGGGAAAAGCAAAGAGAAACUUCCAAAGCGGAAGAAGCAGGAGACAGAUGGGAAAUCUCCAUCUCACAGUUCAUCCAACAGGCCUUUCACGCCACCAGCAAGCACAGGUGGGUCCAAAUCUCCUGGGAGUUCAGGCAGGUCUCAGACUCCUCCUGGUGUAGCUACUCCUCCUAUUCCAAAAAUCACCAUUCAGAUCCCAAAAGGAACAGUGACUGUAGGGAAACCAUCUUCACAUGGCCAGUAUACAAGUAGUGGCUCUGUCACCUCCUCCAGCAGCAAAAGCCAUCAUAGCCAUUCUUCCUCCUCCUCCUCUUCUUCCUCCUCUUCAACCUCAGGCAAAAUCAAGAGCAGCAAAUCAGAAGGGUCUUCGGGCUCUAAGAUGAGCAGCAGCCUCUACUCAAGCCAGGGCAGCUCGAGUUCAGGCCAGUCCAAAAGCUCAGCUCAGUCAGUGGGAAAGCCUGGAUCCUCCCCCAUCACCAAACAUGGCCUCAGCAGUGGUUCUGGAAGUACCAAGAUGAAGCCUCAAGGAAAGCCAUCAUCACUCAUGAACCCUUCCAUGAGUAAACCAAACAUCUCUCCAUCUCACUCUAGACCUUCAGGAGGUUCUGACAAACUUGCUUCUCCCAUGAAACCUGUCCCAGGUACUCCCCCAUCAUCUAAAGCAAAGUCACCCAUCAGUUCUGGUUCUGGAGGGUCCCAUAUGUCUGGGACUGGAUCAAGCUCCAGUAUGAAAUCAUCUUCAGGAAUGGGAUCCUCUGGGUCUAUGUCACAGAAACCACCUCCUUCGUCAAAUUCCUCAACGGCAUCUUCAUCUUCCUUUUCAUCUAGUGGGUCUUCCAUGUCUUCAUCUCAGAACCAGCAUGGAAGUUCCAAAGGCAAGUCUCCAAGCAGAAACAAGAAGCCAUCUCUGACUGCAGUCAUAGACAAACUUAAACACGGGGUUGUCACUAGCGGGCCUGGUGGAGAUGACCCAAUGGAUGGACAAAUGGGGCCAAGUUCCAAUUCCUCAAGCCAUACCAUGUCCUCCAAACACAAUAUGUCUGGAGGUGAGUUCCAGGGCAAACGUGAGAAGAGUGACAAAGAGAAAUCCAAAGUCUCUGUUUCUGGAGGAUCUGUUGACUCUUCCAAGAAGACUUCAGAUUCCAAAAGUGUUGGAAGCACUGGAGUGGCCAAAAUUAUCAUCAGCAAACACGACGGCGGUUCCCCAAGCAUUAAAGCCAAAGUAACCUUGCAGAAACCUGGGGAAGGAGGUGGGGAUGGCCUCAGGCCUCAGAUGGCUUCUUCCAAGAGCUAUGGAUCCCCUCUCAUCAGUGGAUCUACCCCGAAACACGAGCGCUGCUCUCCCAGCCACAGCAAGUCACCAGCCUACACCCCCCAGAACAUCGACAGCGAGAGCGAGUCUGGCUCCUCCAUCGCAGAGAAGUCCUACCAGAACAGCCCCAGCUCUGAUGAUGGCAUCAGGCCUCUGCCCGAGUACAGCUCAGAAAAACACAAGAAACACAAAAAAGAGAAGAAGAAAGUGAAAGACAAAGACCGGGACAGGGAUCGGGAUCGGGAUAAAGACAGAGACAAGAAGAAAUCUCACAGCAUGAAGCCAGAGAGCUGGUCCAAGUCCCCCAUUUCAGCUGAGCAGGCUCUCUCCAUGAGCAGCAGCACAAUCCUUUCAGCUGAGCGACCAUCCCGGGCCAGCCCUGAGUUUUUAAUCGGGGAAGAAGACGAUGAUCUCAUGGAUGUUGCUCUAAUUGGCAAUUAAUUUUCUUAGCCUCUUUAAAAGAUGAGUUGGAUGCAGGACCUGCGGGUUCUGGAGAUGGAAAGAUAGGAACCGUUCAUCACAAACCUGCCACAGGGAUUAUUGUGGGGUGUGUUUGAAGAGGAAACAAACAAAAAAGUAUUUCCAAGAAUCUCCAAAGUCUGAGCAGAGUGUGGAGCCAGCAGGUCAUUCAGCACAGCAGGCUCUGACUGCAGCCUUCACCCUGCAGGCACUUCCACUCCUUCUGCAUUGAUAAGUAUUAAUGUCCCCAUGGGAGCUGGGGAGUGUGGGAGCAGCCCCUGGACUGGGGCACCUGGAAACACUGGCUGUUCAGGAGGGUCCAUGUUCCUCUGCUCCUCUUCCCACUCAGAAUAAGUUGCUUUUGUUUUUAGGAAGUUUUAAAGGAAUUAUUUUAAGGUCAGGUUUUAUUGUUUUUGAAAAGGUGGAAGGAAAGGUCAGGAGGAAGAAAAAACACCUUUUUUUUUUUAAUUUAUUUUAUUUUUGUGGCAUUUCUUCCUUCCAUGCCUGGUGCAGUGCAGUGCUGAGGAGCUUCACCUCCCUCUGACAGGAGCUGCUCUGCAGGAUCGGGUGCUCUGUCCUGGUGGAUCUCAGCAUGUUAUUCCUGGUCACAGGGGUGAAGGAUCACUGUCCUGCCCUUGGCUUCCUGUUCAUUUUAGCUAUUUAUUUGUGUCCAUGUCCCAGUGCCUUGUGCUGCCUGUCCUCACACAGCCUCUGGUUUAACUCUACAGUGCCCAGAGGGACCUGGGAAUUUGAGUAGAGCCCAUGAAUUGGGGCAGGGACUUGUGCAGCCACUGGGGCUUCGGUGACAUUGGUGACAUUGUGGCACAUGGAGCAAGCCUCAGUGGACCAGGGACUCCACCAGGUUCCUUCUCUCAGCCUGGAGCUUCCCCCAAGGCCCCUGAUGCUGCAGGUGUCAAGUGACAUCCUGGUACCAUAGACACUUGGGAGCCACACUUAAUUAUCCACUACAAAUACUUCCAAUAAUGUGGAUAGAGCAGCUUGUGUGUGUUCAGCAGGCCUUGUCACAAUCUGCUCCUGAUCCUGAACCCUUCAGGGCUUCAUUUUGGGUUUUGCUUUAUUUUCUUUCAACUCCCAGACAUCCUUGCAGUGCUGUCCACAGGUGGUGCCUUCUCUCCUGGGGAGGUGUUAGCCAGGCAGCAGGACCAGCCCUGUCCUGGUGUCAUCACCAGCACUGCUGGAAAAACAGCCCCAGUCUGGUCCAUCUGGGGAGGACCUGCAGCAGGUGCAGUGGUUUCCUUAACCAGAUGCAUUUCCCCCCCUUUUGGCUGGAAUUAAGAGCAUGACUCAGGCAUCCUCUGUGGUCUUAUCUUGUGGUCCCUGAAAGGAAAAGAGACUCAGGAGAGCAUUUUAUUUUUAAAAGCAGUUAAAUCUGAUUAUAGGAAGAGGAAUGUGGGAAAUCAGGAGGCCUGUGAACAGAUCUCUGGAAUGACUGAGCAGGAUCCCACUCCCCUUGGGUUUUGCUGUUGAUUCUUGGAGGAAAGGACUUUCCCUGUGGGAAUGAGACUUAUUUUGCUUUUGGGGAUGCAGUUUGAAAGGAUCUGGAGGAUUUUGGUUUCUUUCAAACCACAGGGAUUGCCAGUCCUGCUCAUGGUCUGACUCCAGGCAAGUCAUUCCUUUUCCAGCUGAAUCAAAACCCUAGCAAGGCUGGUGUCUUUUCCAUAGGGUGGGAACUACCCGGUUAAUUUUGGGCAUUUCUCACCUCUUUCUCCUGCCUUCAACUUCAUUCCAGAGCUCCUGAGGGAGCCUGAGUUUCCCCAAAGCCCUCCCUGGCUCUGGGGACCUCACCUUGAACUUCCACUGUCCAUCCUUUGCUCCUUGUGCUCUGUAUCCUGUGGCUUCCCCCUCGCCAUCCUUGUGUGCUGAGAUGAUAGGAAAAACAAUCCGUGAGUCUAAACCUGGAGCAACAGAUCUGGAUCUUACCCAGCGUGGGAAUCGUGUGACUCUGGGGUGUCUACAGAGGAUGUAGGAAACAUGGCACCAGAGGAGCUGAUCCUGGGACCCUCCAGCAGCUCGGGGCAGACUCAGAUUGUUGCCUCAUGGAUUUUGAAGUUAAUUUGUUUUACAAAAGCCUUUUGAUCUGUUCGGGCCGGUGUGAAGGCAGGAACAGCCUUUGGAAAGGAGUGUGCUCUUCAAGCUGGGUCACAGUUGUCAUUGAGGUUGGAAAAGACCGUGAGGAUCAUCGAGCCCAGCCCUAAAUCAGGGUUUCAUGGACACGUGGUACCUGGCGUUGUGUUUUACUGGUGUGUAACAGGAAAAGUGGGAAGGAAACAGCUCCAGCAUCCACACAGAAAGACAUUUUAAAGAGCCACUCGCCUCUCCCCUCUAAGACCAAAGUGUGACAUCCAGAAUUCCUCCUGGGAAGGCAAACAUCCCCAGAGCUCUGGGAGGACAGUCCCCAGGUCACAGCUUUUCACCCCAUUCCGGUGCCCUGUCCCCUCCUCCUGUGACAUAAAUCAUGAGAGAAAGAGGCUGGAGCAGCCCCUGUCUGUGCAUGGCAGUGAAUGCUCUGUCUCUGAGAAAAAAAAAUGUUCUAUUUUUUAAAUAUUUUUGCUGUUUUUUCGAUGGUCCUUGGACAUCUUUCAGUAUUGGAAAGAUUGAAAGAGGUGUAAAGGAAAUAAAAAGCCAAACCUUUUAAUCUCAGGUGCGGGGGGCUGUGGAGAUUAAAAGCGAAUGGUUCUUUCUUGCCUGCUCGGGAUGUAAAUACCUGGGAUUUUUGUACGUCCUGUCACCUUCUUUGGGGAAUGCGCCGCAGAACGUGUUGAUUCACAUGCAAAUAAAUCUCUUUGGUACCA